CUCCCCACCAAAGCCAAACGAGAGAGAGAGAGAGAGAGAGAUUUGGAUUCCAAUUCCCUUCCCUUGCUUUGCUUCUCUUUCUAAAAGCGCCUGCCUUGAUUGAUGACUAGAUUGGUUCUCUUGUUGUCUUUGUUUCCUUCACUACUUAAAAACUUCAGCAGCUUGUGUUCUUCUUGGCUUCGGCUUCACUCGCAUCUUUUACAUCUUUCGACUAUAUCUUCUUGUGUUGUUUUCACGUUGAAGCAACUCUGAGGUUCUUCUUCAAGGGUCAAUCUUCCUGGCUUAAGAAGGAUUCCUUGGAGGUCAUACAUCAUACAUUGGUUUAGCUUUAGUUUUGAUCCAGGACCAACUCCAAGGGAGGAGAAAUCCCAAAUAAUAUAAGAAGAAAAAAAAAAUGACAAAGUGGGGAGUUGAAGUUCUUCCUCCAGCGUCGUCCUACUUCGGCAACUCAAAUUGGUUUCUCGGGCAGAACAGGAGCGUUAUUUGGACGGCAAGUGAGAACAAGAUCUUUGAGAAUGCACUUGCUUAUAUUGACAGCGACACUCCGAACAGGUGGAAGAUGGUUGCUGAAAUGCUCCCUGGGAAGAGCGUGGACGAUGUUAUCACACAUUACCGGGAUUUGGAGCAUGAUGUCAGUCAUAUCGAGGCUGGUCUCAUCCCGGUUCCUGGUUAUAGUUCCCCAUCUUUCACUCUGGAUUGGGAGAGCAGCAACCUUGGAUUCGAAGGCUUAAGGCAAGCUUACGGUGCUGUUGCUGGGAAGAGGGCUGCUGGAAGGCUCUCUGAGCAAGAGAGGAAGAAGGGGGUCCCUUGGACUGAGGAUGAGCACAGGAAAUUUCUUAUGGGGCUGAAGAAGUAUGGGAAAGGUGACUGGAGAAAUAUAUCUAGGAAUUUCGUCCCCACUCGGACACCUACUCAGGUGGCUAGUCAUGCGCAGAAGUAUUUUAUUAGGCUCAGUUCUGGUGGUAAAGACAAGAGGAGGUCUAGCAUCCAUGAUAUUACCACUGUCAAUCUUCCUGAUGAUAAUCCUGUCUCUCCAACUCAUGCCUCUUCUCUUUCCACCCAAUCAAGUUCUGUGGUCUUGCCAGGGACGCCGGAUAAGUUCUCUGUCAAGUUGGAACCUAAUAAUUGCACUGAAGCAGCCAGAACCAUGAGUGGUACGUCAAUCCAGAUGCACACUAAUAGGCUUGUGCAACCAUCUUAUGGUGUCACUCCCUACCAACUGAAGUUGCAGGCUCAAAGUCCAAAUAAAAGCUCUUUUGGUUCCAUCAUGGGAGUAAACCACAGUAUGUUCCGCACCUUAUCUGCUCAGCUCCAUCCCCAUGGCUAAGAAUUACCCAAUGUAAUAUCACUCUAUAAACCUUACUUCAUCUGGCAUUUCUAAUGAAGUUCUUGUGGAUAUCUUCUAUGAGGUCAUUCUUUAUGAGAGGAGCAACUGUGUCAUCAAGCCAUUGCAUUUGGAAUUUCACAUGAGGAAAGAGGAAAGGGGAAAGUCCUAGCACAUGUGUUUUGCUUUGAAUCAAAUUCUUUUUCAAAUUCAUCUUAACAUGACUGCAAUUCAGUGGAUUGAGUUUGAGGUCUCCUUUUGCGGAUGUUAAUUGGUAAUUCUUGCAUGGCUAUGGGAUUGCUCUGUAUAUGAGUUUUGAAGCAGUAGAAUGGUUCUUUGACGUGCUGUUUUCAGAUGAAAUGAAAACCUGUGUACUCUUUUGAUUUUUUUGAAGGCGUAUGAUCGUAUUCAUCCGAGAAUGCUGUGGCAAAGCAAUACUAGCUAGCUAGCUCCAUAUAUAUUUUGGUUCUUUUUCUAGUAAUAGGAUAAGACUUUUCUUAUUGUAUGGAAGAGAUCUUCAUGAGAGUGUAUCUUGAAGAGGCCUUGCAUCAACAUUAUCAUACAAAAUGGCCUCUUGAGAAAGUUCCAGCUUAAAAGAAUAUUGACGAUACCUUACAUUUGACGGUGCUGUUCAUGAGGUAUGCACUGUAGGCCUUUUUCUACCUUAUUAUAACUAUGUGUCACAACUGGGUACGUUCUGUGUGUAAGCUGUUGUGAGAAAGAUGGAUCGGAGAGCGGGUGGACGGUCGACCUACUAUUGUGGUGUUGAUAGUUGAUAUUUUACCAGUCAUGUCUUGAUGUCUAGAUUCAUAAUUUCCAAUUGCUCAUUGAAACUGUCCUAAUUACUCUAAUGUUUCUCAUGGCACAUGUCAACCUUUUAUAUGCUUCUCUUUAAUUAUGUAAUUCUUCAAAAUCAUAGCUAUAUUAAUUAAUGUGGUAUAUGUUUGAUUGAA